AUGACGGACGUAGCACACGAACUUGGCGCCCUUCGACUGAUAGUGGAUUCACCACUGUCCUCGAAGGUGGCCCUGUUCAAUCAGACCGCCCAGAGUCACCGGGAGUCGCAGCUCUCGAAUCCCUUCUCCGAUGCACAGGCGACACGUGGUAUGGCAAGGCUACAGAUCAGCAAGGAGGAGUACGGCAAACCGAAAGCUGGCAGCCUCACGGAAUACCGAGGCAAAAAGGCCAACAUUCAGGUGUACCAGGAAAUGCUCGAACUUUGCCAGGUGAUCGACGUUGACGGCCAGCCGGUGUCCAAGAAGAAUCCUGACAUUAAAAUGAUCUACUUCGGCGAGUUGUUCAACAUUUACACACACAUCAACGAUAAGCUGGUCGGACUGUUGUUGCGUGCUCGCAAACACGACCUCAUCCAGUUCGAAGGUGAAUGCCUGUUCCAACGCCGUGACGAUCACGUACCGGUCUACCUGACCAAACCGAUCGUACAGAUCCGGGACAUUCUCGUCGGCAAGCAGACGGAGAUUCGCCGUAGUUUAAGUCCCAACCCUCAACCAACCAAUAUGUUACCCUAGAAGUUAGCGUUAUGCCUUAGAAAUGCGUGCGUGCGAUCGUGUGAAAGGAAGUGUGUGCGCGUCUGUUUUGUGUGAACGACGAGAUUGUGGUUCGGGAUACUGCCGUGCAAAAAAGGGGUCGUGUAUCGAGACGAGACCAGCAAUGGCUGCGAGGAUCUUCCCGUAGCUUUGCCAAACGACAUUGAUCUGUAUAUUUUGGUAGCGUGCGAAUACUGCAUGAUUGAUAGCUGUUAGCGAUAUCGUAACUGGUUCCAUUUGUUCUUGUCCUUUCUGUUUGCGAAAAAGGCGUUCUGAAGCGUUCCUUUUUUUCUCCGCCACGUGCGUGAGCCAUUGAGAUUUUCCGGUUGUUUUUUUUCUUUCUUUCUUUUUUCUGAACAUUUUGUUAUCAUAGUUUUCUUUGUCGUUUUGUACGCGAACGCAAUCGUUCGAUCGAUUCCAGGGAUGUAUACCAAAAUAGUCAGCCAAUUUGCCAGCAAAUGUAACGUGCGACACGUUACAAUGUGCGGAACCAAAUAGAAAUAGUAGCAUUAAGAGCAAUUCCCUUGCUAUAGAAGCUUCAAAUUUGAUGUAGUUUUUUUCGCUCAAACAGCCACACAGACUGUUCUGAAGACUCUUGAUCAUUAUGAGUCUUUUUUUAGUGCGCUAAUCACCUGUUCCGGAUAAUCUGUACGCUGCGAUGUAGCUAUUCCGCCCUGCGCUUACUUUUACUACUAUUUCCCGGUUUAUUUUUUCUUGUCUCUUGUACGGGAUUCGUUCCGCAUUGUUACGUUUGAUUUGACCCACAUUUAUUUUCUUUAUGUUUUGCGUUAGCUAGCUUCCAGUCCGCUUGUCUGUAGUGACAGUAUUAAGAUAGUUGUAAGGCUCUCACGUCCGGAAAAGCAUAACUUCCACAGCAUGUAAUAGGUUUUCCUCGUACUCGACGGAAGAUAUGUUGAUAGAAACAUUUGCAAGAAAAUAAUAAAGAAAACGGAAACACAA